ACUGGGAGUACAGGAUGCUGGUGCAAUGAGAUGUCUGCUGUCCUCUCAGCCUAGAGCGCUAGUUCUACAGAUGCAUUAAUCUCAGGCUUGGGUCUGACCUGGAUGCUCCACAAGUAACAUGGCAACCAGUGUGCGGUCCAGGGAACCACUUACCUUACUUGCCAUCCUCCUGCUCACCUUUUGGCCCAUGCUGAGCUCUGUCUUCAUCACAGAUGAAGAGGCUGCUCUUCUGGCAGAAUCACCUAAGGACAUCUUCUGCUUUUCUCGAACCUUUGAGGAUCUCAUCUGUUUCUGGAAUGAGCCUGAAAUGCAGGUGGAUAGGGAGUAUCACUUCUUCUAUGCGUACAAAGGAGAACAGCACAGAGAAUGCAAGCUGACCUCAGAGAGACAGAGUGAUGGAAGCUGGCGCCAUAUCUGCAUCUUUCCCAGUGACCAUAAGAGCAUCAAACUCUUCAUAGAGCUCUAUGUUGAGGUGUUAGACAGCAUUACCAAUGAUACCAUACUAUCCCAGAAGCUUUCAGUGGAAACUGUUGGUCUCAUUUCUCCACCAGAGAAUAUAACGGCUGAAUGGCCCAGGGUGGCAAGACAGUUGCAUGUGACUUGGGAUCCCCCACACCUCAGCUAUGUGGAAUUCUUGGCCUAUGAGGUUCUUUAUGGAAUUGAAGACUCCUGGCAGCCCCCUUCCAGGAUUGAAGUUAGCAACAGCCACAUGUGCUGCCUCAGUGAUCUUCUCCCAGGGCAACAGUACCACAUCCAAGUGCGCACCAAACCUGAUGGCCUGUCCCUUGAUGGGCUCUGGGGACCCUGGUCUCCAUCAGUGUUAGCAGAGACACCCCAUCUCCCUGGAGAAAUUGGCCUGCACUGCUUCACUCCUGACUUGCAUCAGCUGCAUUGCCAAUGGGACUUGGAGAACACAGAGCCUGGACCCUCUCACAGCAUCUUAUCCUGGGCAGAAGACAACAGCAGCAGCACGAGAACACAAACCUGGCAUAAAUGUGAGGAGGAGGAAGAGAGAAUUAAGCCUCAUUAUUCUCAUACUAGUUUCCACAUCUGCACCUUCCAGCCUAACAACAGGAGCGCCAUCUCUGUCCUGGUAAUUGUCACACAGGGACAGUCCAAGAAAGAGGUGAAUUACUUCAAGGAACCAUUUGACUUGCAUCAAGUGGUGCUCACUGCCCCACCAAGGAUCCUGCAACCUAAUGUGGGAAAAGGGAUACUAAAGCUGGAGUGGGUCACACCUCUGGAGGCAUUAGAAGAACACAUGGUAUAUCAGAUACGGUAUGCUGUGCAAGGCAGCCUGAAAUGGAAGGUGUUGCAUGUGCAGUAUUCAACAAACUGUGAAAUCCUGGAUCUGAUCACUGGAAGUCACUACUGCCUACAGUUGCGUACUCAGCCAGAUGGACAGAAGUACCAAGGGUUUUGGAGUGCCUGGUCAAAUGCUGAAUGCAUUGAAAUCCCACCUGGAUCAGGUUCAACUGUCUUGACUGUGGCAAUCACAUUAUUGUUCUGUGCUGGACUUGUGCUGGGUGUGGGCUGCACUUGCAUUUCCACAUACAGCAGUGUGAGACAAAAACUCUGGCCACCCAUCCCAGACCUUCAGCAUGUCCUGGAUGGAUUCCUUGAAGAUAACAGCAAACAAGAUCAGCAGGUGAAUGCUUUCUUCUGCAACAAGAAUUUGGAGAAUACACCUUGCCCACUGGAAGUCCUGUCUGAGAUGUCCCUGGACAUAAGAAGCUAUAGCCCUCUUCCAGAUGUGACAGACCAGAUGGAAUGGGAUAACCAGCUUUCUUCCUACCAACACUACAUGGUGUUGAGUCCUAGCAGUACCCAAGAGGUCAAUCAGGAAAAUGAAUAUUUUGAUGGCACACAGGAUGCGUCUGAUACCUUCCCCAUGCCCUUGGAACAUGGUUCACAUGCUGAUUCAAACCUCAAGGUCCACCUUAGUUCUUUUACCUUGUGCAGAAUACCACAUUCCCCCAGUGAAAUGAAAGAGGAAAUAAGUGCAGAAGUUUCUGGGGAACAAUACACAUCCCCCACACACAUCUCAAACCAGUCUUACUUGCUGAUGGGCUGAGUAUGUUCAUCAAAGGGCAGCACAAAGAGACUGAUUUCAGUACUGUGGAUGCUGCAGUAUAUUAAUAGGAAUUCUAAGCUAGGGCCUGGUAGAAUAGCGAGUGACAACAAUGUAUUUGCCUAAAUCUAGAACAUAUCUAAAAGGCAGUGCCAUUCAGUGAAUGUGCCAAUGAACACAAGAAUACAAAAGUAGAUUGGAAAAUGAACUGCUUAGUCCUAAUGGAUGAGAUGGGCAACCUUGCAAAAAUCAUACCUC